AUGUCAGCCCAGCAAUUCCUACAGUUGCAGGAGGACAUUGCCCAAGAUCGAUCUGGCAACAUGGAGGCCAUCCCGCAAACGCCAGAGGACUUGCUGACAGAGACCUGCAUCACCAACCGGGGGAUCUUUGCAAAGCAAAAAAGUUGGUUUCAGACUGUGAUUGCACUACAUGUGCUAGACCGGGACUGGUCCAUCAACGAGCGGGUCUACAACUACAUCGUCUCAAAGGGCCAGCAAAUGGGUGCCACGAACGACAUGGAUGUAGACCAGGCUUGCGUGAUUGAACUCUUGCUACCGAUCAGGAAGCAUGUUGGCCAAGUGGCCUAUAGUUUGCCGCUUAAAGGGUUGCCCUGGGAAGUGAACCCAAACAAACAAACAAACAAACAAACGAUUGCUGCCUUUUAA